CAUCUCACCUCCUUCACUCACUGAAACUGUUAAGUUUCUUAACAAGAGACAAUGUCAAGAUGAUCCUGUUAUGGGUUACACUGUUUGUUCUUCAUCAAGGUUAUACAUUGGUUCCAGUGACCACUGUUCAACUCGGUGACUCUGCGACCUUCACGUGUGUUUUGCCUAAUGAAGAGCUGAGCAGUAGAAAACUCCACUGGUACAAGCAGCGUGCCGGGGAUACUCUGAAAUUAAUUAUGACACUGUGGAAAUCUGCAAAACCUGAGUAUGCACCAGAGUUUUCUGAAUCAAGAUUAAAGGUAAAUACUGAUAAGAAUAUUAGCAACCUGACCAUUUUGAGGACAAUUCAAGAGGAUGAGGGAAUGUAUCACUGUGCAGUAACAGCCUGGAUUAAUCCUGAAUGGAGUGGAACAUAUCUGUUAGUAAAAGGAAACACUCAGAGGACAUCAAACUAUACUGUCAUUAAGGGGACAACAGUAUCUGAUCCAUACCGUCCAGGAGAAUUGAUGAAUCUCCAGUGUUUAGUCCUCUCUGACUCUGACAAUAAGACGUGUCCAGGAGAUCACAGUGUGUACUGGUUCAGAGCCGGAUCAGAUAAAUCUCAUCCAGACAUCAUCUACACUGAUGGAAAUGGACAUGAUGAAUGUGACAAGAGAUCUGACUCUCAGAAAAGCUGUGUUUAUCGCUUCUCUAAGAACGUCAGCUCCUCUGAUGCUGGAACUUACUACUGUGCUGUGGCCACAUGUGGAGAGAUAUUUUUGGGAGAUGGCACUAAAGUGGAAAUUGUGCAAACAGCACAUUCAGUAUUCAUUGCAAUGGCGAUAUUAAUUGUCUGCUUGGUCAUUUCUGCUGUUGGAAAUGUUGUCCUCAUCUGCAAACAAAAAGUACAUCAACAAUGUGAAGGUAAGUGUUGUGAACAAUGAAAAAGUUCCGUGGUUACAU